GCUGUGACUGCACUCAGCCUCCAAGUAGAUUCUGCAUGGGUGUGGAGGGUUGGAGCCGAAGCUCAGCUACUGAGGACUUCAUGUGUGUGGGCUAUUAGAGGCACCUGAUGUCACUUAUCUAGUGCUCACUACAACCUCACAGGAUGGACACUGUUGUUACCCCCAUUCCAGGGACAGUGGAAACUGAGGCACAGAGAGGACAAGGAAAAAGGGGCAGAUUGGGACAUGAAACUUGUCUCUCCCCCAUGCCCCCAGGAUUGGAGGGACUAACUAGGGUGAUGCUAGAUAGCUUGCACUACUUUACCUGGCACAGAGACAGACAAUCAUUUGAGGGGGCUUUUAUUGUUUGGGGGUCACGAGACAGACCCUGAGACAAGGACUGGGCCCCUGUGUGGCAGUUGGGUUGGGACAUGUGUGGGAGUACCACACCUCACCUCACCUGCUAUCUGGUGUGAUGGGGAGCGGGCAGCAGAUCCACUGUGGGCAGCCCUUCUUGUAUUCCAUUGGGAGCCUGAGACCCAGAGGCCCAGGGCUACAUAUGUGCUGCUAACAUGGUGGCUAUCACUCCCCCAAGGCCAGGUGCUGGCAGGAUGAAAACACUGCAAGAGGUGAUUUGGGCCAAUGGGACCACAGUGCUGUCCCCACCCCUGGCUCCCAACAUCAGUGUGCCACAUCACUGUCUGCUGCUGCUUUACGAGGACAUUGGCACCUCUAGGGUCCGGUACUGGGACCUCUUGUUGCUCAUCCCCAAUGUGCUCUUCUUCAUUUUCCUGCUCUGGAAGCUUCCAUUUGCUCGGGCCAAGAUCUGCAUCACCUCCAGCCCCAUUUUUAUCACCUUCUAUAUCUUGGUGUUCGUGGUGGCGCUGGUGGGCAUCGCCCGGGCCGUGGUCAGCAUGACGGUCAGCACCUCAGAUGCUGCAACGGUUGCUGAUAAGAUCUUGUGGGAGAUUACCCGCUUCUUCCUGUUGGCCAUCGAGCUGAGUGUGGUUAUCCUGGGACUUGCCUUUGGUCACCUGGAGAGCAAGUCAAGUAUCAAACGUGUGCUGGCCAUCACCACCGUGCUGUCCCUGGCCUACUCUGUCACCCAGGGGACACUGGAGAUCCUGUACCCUGAUGCCCACCUCUCAGCUGAGGACUUCAACAUCUAUGGGCACGGGGGCCGCCAGUUCUGGCUGGUCAGCUCCUGCUUCUUCUUCCUGGUGUACUCUCUAGUGGUCAUGCUUCCCAAAACCCCUCUGAAGGAGCGCAUCUCCCUGCCUUCGCGGAGGAGCUUCUAUGUCUACGCAGGCAUCCUGGCGCUGCUCAACCUGCUGCAGGGGCUGGGAAGCGCGUUGCUCUGCGCUGAUAUCAUCGAGGGGCUCUGCUGUGUGGACGCUACCACGUUCCUCUACUUCAGCUUCUUCGCGCCCCUCAUCUACGUGGCCUUCCUCCGGGGCUUCUUCGGCUCGGAGCCCAAGAUCCUUUUCUCCUACAAAUGCCAAGUGGAUGAGACUGAAGAACCAGACAUGCACCUGCCCCAGCCCUAUGCUGUAACCCGACGGGAGGGCCUGGAGGCAGCAGGUGCUGCCAGCACACAGUUUGACUCAGCCGGCGGGGUGUCCUACCUGGAUGACAUCGCUUCCAUGCCCUGCCAUACCGGCAGCAUCAACAGCACAGACAGUGAGCGCUGGAAGGCUCUUAAUGCCUAAGUGCUGGGGCCCAUAGAGGGCAGAUGGGAGAGGAGGCCAGGUAGUGUAGAAUCCCUGGAGAAAGAGGACAAGGUCAUGGGACCUUGUGUGGCUGGCAGCACUAUGUAGGCUCUUUCCUUCCCUCUGGGCAUCCAGUUGCCCACAGCCAUCUCUGCUCUAGCUGUCCCUUCCCCUUCUAUCUGCCCUUGGCCUGCUCCACAACAUGGCCCAGAUUAUGAUAUCUUAUGGCCAGGACUGGCUAUGCUGGCCAAGGGCACCUGUUCUCCAAAGGAGAAAACCUGGACACCCAGGACUGGUCUGGCCCACUCCCUACAACACUUUGGCCUUCUCAAAGCUCACUCUAGCAGGUGGGCUGAAGUGUGUAUAUUUUUUUUGAUCUAUUUUUGAAUAAAAAGGAAAAUGAGCAGAAGGUAUUACUGUGGAGAUUCUGUAGAAAUACUGGGGCUGGUUCCUUUCAGGAGCCUGAGGGCUGGGGUGUUCAGAGGUCCCAGUAGAUCUCUCUGUGUCCUGAGCCCAGGGAGGCUCAACCAAGAACUGGCCAGUGCCUGGGUCCUGCUGGAUGCUGGGACAUGGAGAGAAAUCUGACCCUAGCCAUCCCUGUUUGAGUGGAUGAGACAAAUGUGGGAAAAGGAUUGUGGGCUGUCAUUCCACUCUUUUGAAGCAUGUGACCAUUGGAAUCAGCUCUUCAGGUUCUGUCCUAGUUCUGCUCUGUUGGCUUGCACCAGCCACUGUCUCCUGCAGCUCUAGUUUUACCCUCUGUAAAAGGAGAUAAGAAGGCAUAUCUUCCAGGUAUUUUUGUAAGGACUAGAAAAUAGCAAGUGUGAAUGACUGGCAUUUAGGAAUGGAACAACAAUGAUAACAUAGGCUUUUUAGCCUCUAGAACAAUGCUUGGCACACAGUAGGCACUCAGAAGACAGGAUGCUGGGGAAUGACAUUCAUUAUAAGAAUGGAUGCAAUGUGGUGAAAAUGGAGAAAAUCAGAGUAAAACACGGGGAGGGAAAAUUGGAAAUAAGAGGGAGGAUCCAUAUGUCCAUAUUGCUGCUGGUGCAGCUAACUUUGGCUUUGAGUAAUUUGGCAGCCAGAGGAGAAAGGGAGUUGAAGCUAUGUAAUUCCACUGUAGGAGGGGAAGAGGUCUUAGCUGUGGCCGUGGGAGUGCUGAGGGUCAGGCCUGGCACCUACCUCUGCUGCCACCCUUUUUCUCAGUAGGGCACUGAGGGCACCAGCUCCAACAUAGCUUGUGCCAGUGGGGCCAAUGUGCCAGACUCCCCAGGAUCCAGGGCCCAGAGGGCUGACAUCGGUGAGGGCACGGCAAGUACAAAGGCAGAGCCAGUGAACUGUGCUCUAAGCCGAGGGGACUCCAAGCUGCUGGGGGAUCUUGGCAGGCUUCUCUGUGUGGCACACUUUGCUAUGACUUCAUAGCUUUUGAAGAAUCCUGUUAGGUGAGAAAGGGAAGCCUGCAAGAGUUGAAAGCCAGAUAGGCGUUUGACAGUCAAAUCAAGAGCUGUGUUCAAUAUCAGGAGCCUUUGAUGUAUCCACAAUCUAAGAAGUCCUAGCGACAACGUAGUUUACUCUGAGAUUGCUGAGCAAGCAGCCAAGUCCUCAGGGAGGUAUCAACAGAAGAAAAGAGGUUAGAAACCUGCUGCUUUUUUGUUCUGAUUUUAAAGUUUGUUUCUUUAAGUAAGAUAUGUAGGUGGCAAAAAAAUAUAUAUAUUCAUGCAUUAUAAGGGGUAUACAGUAGGAGGUGAAUCUCUGUGAAUUUGACAUUCAGUUUUCUGUCCCCCUCCCAGAAGCACUGUGAGGCCAGGGUCUCCAUGGCCUUGUGGAAGUGUGUGUGUGUAUUUCUCCUGUCUUGGGAAUGUAAAGAGUCUGUAGCUUGUUUUCUCCACUUGGUAACUGAUCUGGUGAUCCUUCACUUUGGCAGCUGCACACAUCAUUAUGGAUAUAUGGCAAUUUAACCAGUCGGGAUGGACUUUUGUUUAUAAUCUAUUUUGCAACAACAAACACUGCAGCAACAAAAAUUCUUAUAAAU